GGCGAAACCACGGAGAGCGUAAAAUUGGCUGGCAAGAGCAUCACGUACAAGCGACUGCAGCAGCACAGUCAGUUCUGGGACAAACUGAAGGCGGACAAGGCAGUCAUUGACACCGUACCUAUAUGGGUCAAAGAUGCCAAAGGCAGGCCACCUUGCCUUGUCGUCGGCAUCAUGAUCGCCGAGGACGUCGAGCUCGAUUUCUCAGGCGCGUCGAAGCGCGAGACAGACGGCGGCGUGGAGAUACCAAUCGCAAAGAUUGCUAUGGCUGUCACGGCUGCACCCUUGCCCCCCAAUCUCGGUCUCGGUAAUGUCAGUGCUGGGGCUGGUACGGCGCACACUUUUGCGAGCGUGUUCAAGGCGAAGACUGCCAAAAGUAACAUAUUUGCGCUUGAGUUGCAGAAGGUGGAGGUGGCGCGUUCAUCGGGGUGGUGGGGGAGAAAGAAACAGCUUAUCCUCACGGAUGAUGCGCCGGAUUUCGACGACGGGAGAUUAAUGGGCCGGGAUGACAACGAUAGUGAUGACGAAGAUUUACCG